AUGUCACGCUCGUGGAUGUAUAACGGUUGGCAACAUGGUAAACUUCCCUCUAAUGAAUGGGUUGAUGAAACAACUGAAUUCUUGAAUCAUGCAUUCUCUUUAUCGGAUGUGGUUGAAAAUGAUACCAUCAAGUGUCGUUGUGCCAUGUGUCGGAACUACUUUAGGCAGAAAAGGAAUACUAUAGAGCUUCAUUUGUUUAAAUUUGGUUUUAGAGAAGGCUAUGAAACAUGGACAGAACAUGGUGAGAGUCUUGUUAGUCAUGAUGAACAUAGCACUAUAGGUACUGAGGAGGGUUGCAAUGAAGUUGACCAUAUGGAUGAUAUGCUAUUUGAUCUAGUUGGCGGACAUCCACCAGCUAUAGAUGAUACGCCAACAUCCUCUACCCAAGCCUUUUAUAGAAUGGUUGCUAAUGCUGAUGAAUUGGUGCAUGAUAAAACCACCCACUCUUCACUUUCUGCUGUAGCUCGCUUGCUUGCUGUGAAGUCAAUGUACAAUAUGUCAAUUGACCACUAUGAUGAUUUCUUAGAAAUAAUCCAUGAACUCCUACCUCCGGACUCUAGGUUUAUCAAAAAACUUAAGAAGAAAGUAAGAAAUAAGAUACGUGUUGAGGGUUGCAUUGUUGAGGCUCCUCUAGUUGAAGAGGCUACAAUGUAUUUUAGAGCAAGCGCUCGGUCUACUAAAAACAAGAUGCCCCGAUAUGAUGAUGAUGCCUCUACGUUUGAAAGCGUAUGUGACCUCGAAAUUUUCCAAUACUUGGGUAGAUGCAUCAGCCCAAGAGGAACCCAUGAGCUCUCUAGAGAAGAGUACAAGGUUGCCUUUCUGUACAUACUAACUAACAUACCUGAGAUGGAUGAUUUCUUUGAAUUUCGUUCUGAGCAGUAUGAGAAGGGAAGAUCUGGACUAACCACUUGCAAUACUGGUGUUUGUGUGUCCUCUUAUGAUGAAAGUGGCAAUGUUCUUGAUUAUUAUGGUGUCAUAGAAGACAUCAUCAAAAUUGUUUGGGAAGGGAGCAUGCCACUUGAGUUGGUUUUAUUUUAUUGCCGUUGGUUUGAUCCAACACCCAAUGGACUACGACGCACUGAGAAUUUGGGUUUGGUAGAGAUUAAGCACACAUCAAGAUUAUCAAAUUUUGACCCAUUUGUCAUGGCUAUUCAAGUGAGUCAAGUUUACUAUCUACCUUAUCCAUGUAAAAAUAGAGAAGAUCUCAUGGAUUGGUCAGUAGUGUAUAAAGUUGCUCCACAUGGACACAUACCUCCAAUUAAUAGCAAUGCUGAUUCUAGUCUUGGUGAAGGGCCAACUCAGGAUGUUGAAUUCUUCCAAGAGGACGGAUUAGAUGGCACCUUCGUUAUUGACUUGGGAGCUGCAUUGGACUCUAUAACAUCAUUGGUCUCAGAUGAGAUUACUAAUCCUAAAGACUUGGAAGGUGGAGAAAAAUCCACUGAGAUUGAGGAAGAAAAUGAAGCUAUAGAUAAAGAGAUAGAGUCUACAGAUGAAGAGAAUGAAGAUUUAGAUGAAGCUUACGAUUGA